AUGACCACGAAGGGACGGCGUUGGGAGGGGGAUGCGAAACGCAAAUCUGAGGGGGCAGCGGCAGCUUUAGGUGUCGGAGGGCGAGUGAAACAGGAGCCUAGUCGUCUCACAUUGAUCUAUUUCCGCACGCCAGCCAGCAGGGCGGCCUGUGCGCGUAGCGCGGCCAAUUGGGGCUCCGAGGGCCCCGCUCACGCCCUCCUUGGCGAACAGGGAUCAUGGCGACUCGUGGGCCGGGAGGCAUGUGCGCCCUGGCCUGGCCCGCCGAUGCCCUCGCAUGCCCAUGGGCCGCUGUGCGAGGCCAUGCCAUUCCCUUUGCAUGCAUGCCACGGCCUCCCAUGGGUCGGCCUAUGCCUACUCCUACCUACUUACCUACUACUUGCUCGAUGGAUCAUGGAUGCACCGGGUGGGGUCCUGCUUGGGCCUGCUUGGACCUGCUGGGUCUACUGGCUUCCUGUCUUGCGUCAGUCCUACCAGUCCUGUGAUCAUCAACACCCACCCGGCCACAUGCUACUACGUAUGUACUCCGCUUUGCUGCAAGCUAGCCCUCUGAUCUGCAUGUACCAAACACGCGCCCUCCCUUUCCCCAUUCUCGGCAUGUGCCAGCCUGCUUGGACCGCCCACUCCAACUGCGUACUACUGCUGCAGGUACAUCACACCUGCACUCUUGCUCAAUCGCCCUCCCUCGCUGCAACUCCUCUCUGCUCACCACUAUCUCGAUCCACGGCCGCUUUCCUGUCCCUCUCGUACCUACAUCCGCACCCACCCCAACUACACUACACCACACACAGCCAGAUGCACACCAACACCACAAAUCAACCCUGCGGCCGUGGUUUGAUCUUCAUCUGA